AUGAAUGGUCGUGCACUCAACGAGAAGGCCAUUGAGGUCUCCCCAUCCUCUAGCCGCGUUCUCGAUCGUGCCGCAGAGAUCCUCACCCCGUUCCCUCCCUCGAAGAACCGCCCUCGUCCCGGUGACUGGACCUGCCCCUCCUGUGGAUUCUCGAACUUCCAGCGCCGUACCGCUUGUUUCCGUUGCUCGUUCCCCGCCAUGGCCGCUGCCCCGGAUCCGAUGGGGUAUGGGGCUUUCGGCUACGGCCCACCCUCCAUGAUGCCACCUCACAUGGGUCACGGUCACGGUAUGGGCCAUUCUCGUGGCAUGGGCGGCAACGGCGGUGUGGUUCCCUUCCGUGCGGGUGACUGGAAGUGCGGCUCGGAGGGUUGUGGCUACCAUAACUUCGCUAAGAACAUCAACUGUCUGCGUUGUGGUGCACCCCGCUCGGGAGCCGCGGUGGUUGCGGACUCCGCUUUCCCAUCACCCAUGGACCCUCCCUCGGGCUUUGGAAUGGGCCCUAACUCCAUGGCGAGCACCCCGGCGCCUGGCCCCUUUACCUCCACCGCCGGUGGCUUUGGCGGAUUCAGCCAGCAGUUUGGAGCGCCUCCGAACAACUACGCUCUACCCUCGGCGCUGGGUAGUGGCCCCGGAGGAUAUCCCCCUAUGGGUCAGAUGAACGCCGGCUACGGCUCCAGCAACACCUCUCACUCCGCCACUUCGUUCGCUAACCCUGCUACGCAGGCCGCUUUCACCGGAGCUGACCAUGCAACCUCCACCAGCGCUUCGAACGGCGCUUUCUACGGAGCGGAUGGAUCUAACGAUCCGUUUGCCUUCCUGUCUACCGGCUUGGGCGGCCUGUCUGUCGGUGACGACGGCCACUCCCGCCGCAACGGUACCGGUGCUAGCAAAUCUCCUGCUUAA